AAAAUAAAAAACCAAUGAUAACAAAAUAGUUAUUGAACAGCUAGAGCAUCCAUUUGCCACAUGAUCAGUUAAAGCAAAACUAGCAAUUUUCCUGAAAAUGGAGAAAUCUACAGGAUGGUGUGCCUUUUUAAACUGGAACACUGUACUAAGUGUAGUGCUAAACACACAACCCCAAAGAAGUAUUUAUAAUAGGAUAACCCAAGACGAAGAAUUUAAAGAUUUUGCAGAUUUGAUUCAUUUUAAUGGAGUUGCUCGAGUGGAUUUGUUGCAGAGGGAACUCACAAUAUUUGUACCGAUAAAAACGAAUGUGGCUUUCCAAAGCUACAAAAAACCUCUACAUUCUGAUUUGGCAUUUUAUCAUAUGGCAUCCGGUGUUUGGCCACUAAAGCAUCUACAAACCACUAGAAACAUAAGCAGUAUCAAAGAUGGCCUUCCGAAACUCUGGAUGACCAAAGCUAAUGACAGUUUAUUUAUUAAUAAUGCGGAAAUUAUUCAAUUUAGGUCUGACUAUAAUGGACAGACAGGAAAUAAUCUUGUUGGAAAACAGGUUAUGCACUUAAUAGAUGACGUACUUGAUCCGAUAAUACAUCAUUCAGAAUACUCGUACACAGCCUACGACUUUUUAACAUCAAUUGAAAAAUGGAAAUUGGGUUCACAAAUAACCGUGGCAAAUUAUUUACAUAAAAUUAGGGAAUUUCAUCUGGAACACCUUUAUCGAUCACCAGGAACAAAUACCUAUUUUAUACCGAUAGAUACCGGCAUAGAUCCCCAAAAGUUUAACAUGUUCAAUAAAGAUAUUAUAUUUGGGCAUAUAGUACCACUCAUGGUCUUAUUCACGAGACCUACAGAAAAAGGCAGGAAUUAUGAGACGAUGGCCAAUGGAGAUGAUGUUUAUAUCGUUUUAUCAUUCGAAGAUAUCGAUAAUAAACUCUUUAUAAAAGGAACAACUGUACAUGGCACCACCGAAACACCAAAUGGGGAAGUAUUAGCAGAAAUCGUUCAGGCAAACAUACCAGUUGAUAAUGGAGUAGUACAUAUAAUUUCCUUACCUAUAGGAAUAUUUAAAAGGAAACUGAAACUUUUUCCAUAUUUACCGGUCCUAGACAAACUGGCUGCCGAUCCAGAGUUAUCUACAGUAUAUGAAAUGGGAGAAGAAACUGGUUUCAAUAAAAUAUUUGAAACAAAUAAUGGCCAGUUCACUUAUUUUGUACCAAUUGAUUACGCUUGGCGACAAAUGAAAGCUAAUAGAUAUAAAUACAAUCUUAAUAAUGUAGAUCUUUUAAAAAGACAUUUGAUUGUAUCUGAACAUCCCUACACUAUGGAAAAUCUUUUUGCAAUAUCCAGUGGGAGAAAUUUUACGAACAUUGACUUGCAAACGACUGGGGAAACCAUUCGUUUAUUAGUACUAAAAUUUGGUAAACACUUUUAUAUAAAAUGGAAGAAUUUAUAUAUAAAGGUGGUACGACCAAAUUGGGAUUGCACAAAUGGAAUAAUUCAUAUGCUGGCAGGCCCUAUGGUUGAAUUAAAACGUCCCUUUAUUUAAGUUUUGGAUUUAAGAAGUUUCGAUCAUAUGGUCGAGGAAGUUCCGUAAAAACUGGUGGCAUUGUACAAUUUUGUUGUAAAUAUAAAUUUGAUGUUAAUAUAUGCUUGAGAGAAAA